AUGUUUGACCCUCUAGGAUUUUUGGCACCGCUUACGUUCACCGCAAAGGGAUUGAUUCAGUAUUUGUGGACCCUCAAGCUCGACUGGGACGACGAACCGCCGGAAGAGGUUCGCCGCCAGUGGAAAUCGGAGCUUGACGCGUUGAGCUCCUUUCAGAUACCUCUUACGUUCCCCGUGGGUGAUGGUGUUCGUCGCGAGUUGCACAAAUUUUGUGACGCGAGCGAACGGGGUUAUGGGGCUGUAACGUACAUUCGCGCUGUCACUCCAUCGGAGGUCAAGGUUAUAAUUCUGUGCGCCAAAGCAAAAGUGGCUCCGUCACGCGCCCUUUCCCUCCUUCGCUUGGAGCUUUACGCCGCGUUGGUCCUCGGUAAUUUGAUCGAUUACGUCCGGCAGGUCCUAUUGGAACACCUGGAAAUUGAUGCCGAGUACGCCUGGUCCGAUGCCAAGGUCGUGCUAUACUGGACCCAUUCCUCCCCGCAUAAAUGGAAAACGUUCGUUCGCAAUCGCGUUGCUCGAAUACAAGAAAAGGUGCCGGUCACGGCUUGGGGUCACGUGGCCUCUGAGCUUAACCCCGCGGAUCAUUGUUCCCGUGGCCUGUUCCCGCGCGAACUCGUGGCUAAUACUACGUGGUGGGAGGGCCCCGAGUGGCUGCUUGAUUUCGAAGGCCGCGCCGAACCGGUCCUUUCUGGGGAAUCGUCCCCAAGCGAGGAGGAGAGAAUCGUAUCGCUCGCCGCGAUCAACCUACCUAACCCCAUAUACGCCCUAUUAGAUAGAUUCUCGUCACUAGAUAAGAUUUGUAGGAUAGUUGAAUAUAUCACCAAAAUCGCCCAAAAUUUAAAGGGUAAAUCGGUACCCGCGACCUUGGCAGUCGAUCAGGUCGAAGCGCAUCGCGCGCUCUUGAUCGUCGUUAGAUUUGUGCAGACGGAGGUCUUCAGCGAGGAGAUUGACCGACUUAGGAACGGAAAGAGAUUACCGAAGCCUUUCCUCAAACUCGCGCCCUUUUUGGACUUAGAGGGUAUUUUCAGGGUAGGCGGCAGGCUCGUCCAUUUGGGACUGGCGUUCGAGGCCAAACACCCCGUCCUACUGCCGAACAAACAUCGCUUGACGGAUCUCGUCGUUGAACAUGUGCACCGGGCUCGACUGCACCCGGGUAGACGCACGCUGCAAUACUUGCUCGCCCAACGUUUUUGGAUCCUUGGGUUCCACCGCGUGAUUCGGCGGGUGCUCUCGAGAUGUUAUAAGUGCUUCCGCGCAAACCCGCAUGCUACCCAACCCAUCAUGGCGACACUACCGGCCGAGAAAGUCAGCCAAGUCAAGCCCUUUUCGAUCAGUGGAUUUUGCGGGGCCCUUUGCGAUGGUCACGCGACGGGCUCGGGGAGUCUCCUCCUUCAAGGUGUACGUUUGCCUCUUCAUGUGCUUCGCGGUCAAGGCGAUACACCUGGAGGUGGCCUUCUCACUGUCUACGGACUCUUUCCUUGCUGCGUUGCGGCACUUCGUGGCUCGACGCGGCCGCUGUUCGCUCCUAUAUAG